UUACCCAAUCUUAAAGAAUACCAAACCCAUCAUCUCCUUCCUUCCUCUGUAGCCGAAACCAGAACUCCCAAACAAUCCUUUUCCUUCUUCUCCUCAGAUUCUCUUCUCAAAGAAAAGCAUCCUUCUUCUUCUUCUUCCUCCAUUAUAUGAUUGCAUCCUCCUCCACCUCCAUUAUGCCUCAAUCUCCAUUCCUUUUACCCAAUCUCUUCUCUGAAACUCAACCCCACAAAUGGCCUCCCAAGACCCUACGCUUCGCUCCCCUGCACCUGCAGUUAUUACACUCACGCCUUUCAAGUAUUCCAACCGCGUUCUUCUGAAAACCCUAUUCGAAUGCGCCGAUCAAAUGCCUGAAUUGAUCGGCCAGAGGGUUGUGAUCGGUGGGUGGGUGAAGUCUUCUUCUAAGAAUGACAAGAAGCUACCGCCACCGCCACCGCCACCGACUCCGUUACAUGGUGGUAAAAAGGUUGAUCAGAGCAGGAACAAAGAUGUGACGUGUGUUGAGAUUAUUCAGUCUAAGAUACCUUUCAUUCGAUCAAUUUUUGAGGUUUUUGGAAGUGGAUAUGUUCCUACCAAGAAAACCGAGUCUGUAACUCAUAUGCCUAUGCCUCCCCAGCCUUCCACUGUGCAUCUCAUGGUCACGGAUGGUUCGAGCGUUGCGAAUCUCCAGGUGGUUGUUGAUUCAUCACUGGCUUCCCCGAGCAAGCUUAUGCCAACAGGAACCAGUAUAUUAGUGGAAGGUUUAUUGAAGAAAUCAUCACCAAAGGGAAAGCAUGUUAUUGAGCUUGAAGCUGACAGAAUUCUCCACAUUGGGACAGUAGAUCCUGAGAAGUAUCCAUUGUCAAAGAAGCGAUUGCCAUUGGAUAUGUUAAGGGAUUUCUCUCAUUUUCGGCCUCGAACAACUACGGUGUCGUCUGUCAUGCGAAUUCGUAGUUCCCUCUCUUUUGGCACCCACUCAUUUUUCAAACAUCAUGCAUUCUUUGAUGUGCAAGUACCAAUUAUAAGUACAUCAGACUAUGAAGGAUUGGGUAAAAUGUUCUCAAUCACUACCGUGGAUCAGAAAGAAGACAAGGAGAAGCUAAACACCAUUCAUGAGAAUGAAGACGCUGACCUUGAAACUGUGAAGGCAGCUGUAAGAGAGAAAAGCAACAUAGUUGAGAACUUGAAACGAAGUGAUAGCAACAAGGAAGCACUGGUUGCUGCAAUUCAGGAUCUGAAGAAAACAAAUGAAAUGGCAUCACAGUUGGAAGCAAGACGAAAGACAAAAUCAGCAUCCUCAUUUAAGGCUCAUAAAGUAGAUUCUUCUGAAGAAUUUUUCUCUUGCCAGACAUAUCUAACUGCUUCUGGUGGGUUGCAUUUGGAGAGCUAUGCGUGUGCUCUUGGAAAUGUCUAUUCAUUUGGACCUAGAUUUCAAGCGGAUAAAACAGAUUUCAAACGAGCAGCAGAAAUGUGGAUGGUUGAGGUUGAAAUGGCUUUUGCUCAGUUAGAGAAUUCCAUAAAUUGUGCCAUUGACUUAUUCAAAUACCUAUGCAAGUGGGUUGACGAAAAUUGCUCUGAAGAUAUGAACUUUGUUGCCAAAAGAAUUGACAAUGCCUGCAUCAGUCGUCUUCGGCAGACUGUAUCAGAUUCAUUUCAAAUUGUGUCCUACACGGAAGUGAUUGAUGUUUUGAAAAGGGUCACAGACAAGAAAUUUGAAACAAACAUCCAAUGGGGUGUUUCCCUUACAACAGAACAUCUGAGUUAUUUGGCUGAUAACGCAUUCAAGAAGCCUGCAAUAAUCUACCACUAUCCAAAAGAAGCUAAGCCAUUUUUUGUUCGUGUGAAUGAUGAUAUGGAAACAGUGGCAGCAUUUGAUCUAGUUGUCCCAAAGGUCGGAGUAAUAGUUUCUGGUAGCCAAAAUGAGGAGCGUCUUGACAUGAUAAUCUCAAGAAUUGAGGAGUUGGGCCUGCCAAGAGAGCAGUAUGAAUGGUACCUCGACCUUCGACGACACGGAACAGUCAAGCAUUCCGGUUUCACGCUUAGGUUCGACCUUUUGGUUCUCUUCAUGACAGGCCUUACCAAUGUCAGAGAUGUUAUUCCUUUCCCCAGAAGCCAUGGCAAAAUCAUGAACUGAUUGUGUUUUGGAGUAAAGUUCAAUCUGAACACUCUCAGCUCAAAGCUCUGCAUUUGUUGCAGACAGAAAGAAAAGUAGCAGCAGCUUGUAUUUUUCUUUCAUGCGUAAAUAUGUAACCUUUCAGGGCUUGAUGGUGUGUGCGCGUGUGUGAUCAUUUUCAAAUUUCACUAAAGCAUAAUGUAUCUGAGGAAGUACAUAACUGGAAUGAAAUUAUUCAAAUCUUGUGCAGUUCUUUAAA